AUGAACGUUUUUCGGCUCACUGCGGACAUGUCACACCUCUUAGCGAUAUUCAUUCUUCUAGCGAAGAUGUGGAAGACCCGCUCAUGCUCGGGGAUAUCAGCACGUUCGCAGGUUUUGUUUGCUGUUGUGUUCACCGCUAGAUACCUGGAUCUUUUCACGACAUUCAUUUCAACAUAUAACACAGUGAUGAAGGUGUUUUUCAUUAUUUCUUCCUAUGGGACUCUUUAUCUUAUGCUAGUGAAAUUCCGUCCUACUUACGAAAAGGAGAGCGACAGCUUUCGCGUCGAGUUCCUUCUUAUUCCUUGUAUUCUCCUUUCGCUUGUCAUCAACCACGAAUUCACGACCAUGGAAAUUUUGUGGACCUUCAGCAUAUAUUUGGAAGCUGUUGCUAUCAUGCCACAGUUGUUCAUGCUACAAGCAACCGGUUCUGCUGAAACCAUCACGGCUCACUAUCUUUUUGCACUUGGAAUGUACCGUGCCCUAUACCUGUUGAACUGGGUUUACAGGUACUACACUGAAUCGUUCUUCGAUCCUAUUGCGACAGUGGCCGGAGUGGUCCAGACUGUUCUUUAUGCUGACUUCUUCUAUCUUUACAUCACUCGCGUUGUUAGAACUCGCAAAGCUAUGGAGUUGCCUAUUUGA